AUGACAAACAUAAGCUCGACUGGUCCAGAAGGGGGAAAAGCCAUGCGGCAGUGUGAGAACCUUAUUGACUCCCUGGUGUACUACAUCCGCGGGACCAUAGCUGACUACAAGCCUGAUGACAAGUCCACAGAGAACUGUGUGUGCAUCCUACACAAUCUCUCCUACCAGGUGGAGCUUCCACAGAAGUAUGCCAGCGACCUCCAUGAGUCUCGACUCCACCUGGCUCCAAAGACCAAAACCCCCGGCUGUUUCGGCUCCCGCAGUGCCAAAAUCACCCAGCGUCUUGAACCAAAGUGCGCUCUGCUGGAGGAGAAGGGUAGUCCCUGUGGGAUGUGGCUGUGGAGCGCCAUCACAGUGCGCAUGUACCUGUCAAUCAUGGCACACAGCAUCUGUCCCUACACCCAGGAGGCUGCCAUCGGAGCCCUACAGAACAUCACAGCUGGGAACGGCCUGGUAUCCCAGGCCAUCACCCACACCAUAGUACAGCGGGAGAAUGGUCUACUCCAGGCCAUGAAGAUGCUCCAGGAAGGAGGGAUGGUUGUUAAGAAGACUGCUGUGUCACUGCUAUGUAACAUCUCACGCUACAGAGAGCUUCACGCUGACAUUGUCAAACAGUUGUUGCCACAGCUGGUGGUCAUGUUAUCCAACUCCGACACGAGCGCAGACCUGCCUACAGAGGUGACUGUGUCCCUGUGCCACAUCCUCAUCAACCUGAGCCAGGAUGAGAUGCAGCACGUCAGGGCCAUCGUCAACCACGGGGCGCUGCCCAAGAUCAUCAACAUCAGCGCAAAGGACAACGGGUUUGGUCCACCCAGGGCUGGCCAGGCAGCCUGCAUCCUACUACACAGCAUGUGGAGCCACUCAGAGCUCCACAGGGCCUAUAGGAAGAUAAGGCCCCAUACACAAAAAGCAGACUUCGUCAACAGCAGGACAUCAAAGGCUGUACAUUAAAUAUGGGACUAAGUGGACGAUCACAAAGCAUUGUGCUGAUUGAGGCAAUAGUGUAGUUUCUCUUCUGUGUGGACUUGGAUGACUCAA